AUGUCAGCAUCAUCCGGUUCGAAUAAACGAUUAAUGACUGAAAUCACUAAGCUUAGCGCACUAGCAGCUCCUGAUUCAUCCGUGAAGUUUCUUCUCGACAAAUCUCCACUAGAUGAUCCUGCAGCAGGAUCACGUCCAGGUGCAAGCAGUGGAACGCCACAUGUUAUUCUAGGACGUAUAUUACCCAGUUCUAGCCCUUACAGCCAAGCUGCAUUUCAAAUUGAAAUGAAACUACCAGCUGAAUUUCCAUUUAAGCCACCUGAAGUUGCUUUUGUUACGCAUAUCUAUCAUCCAAAUGUGGAUGACAAAGGCAAAAUCUGUGUUGAUCUCCUUAACUCCAAUGACGCAUGGAAACCAACCACGUCCUUAGUCGAUGUCGUCAAAGCUGUUGUGGAUCUGAUUGAUCAUCCGAAAAUUGAUCAUGCAUUGAAUGCUGAUAUUGCCAACGAAUAUACAAACAAUAGAGCCGAAUUUGAUCGAAAAGCUUCGGCUUUAGUAAAAGAAAAAGGCUUAUCACGAAAAUAA